CUACUACACGCCUCGUGGUCCGGUCCUUUUGACUUCUGAACACCCACCUGCACAGUCACCCUCCAGGAUGGGGAGCAUAUCCGUUCGCAGACAUAUCCAGUGGGGCACGGAGCCUCCCUCUGAACCCACGUCCACCCUCGUUCUCACCUCGCCAGGCCGUCGGUUUUUCGUCGACGUCAGGGUCCUCAAGGCCACGUCUCCCAGCCCGGGGUCGGUCCCAGGGUCGGUCCCAGGGUCAGUCACAGGGCCGGACCACGACACCUCCGCCAGUCUGCCAAUAGACAGCCUGGACUGGGCAUUUGCCGGCACCUCGUCCACCACAAAGACUCUGGGCCAGGACGGCAGCGACACCACGCACUCUGUCUUCAACCACUGGGUGGACAGUCGCACCACCGAGCCACAGCUUGUCCGCGACGAAGGCGACAUGACCGCCCACCCCGGGGGCUUGGCCCUCGAGGUCGGGACCAUGAUCAAUCCGGCCACCGGCCGCAUGACCGCCUACGAGGAGCUCUGGUCUGACGAGGCACCAGUCCCAGUCCGCGCCCAGGAUCCCACCUGUGUCGUCUUCCGGCUGUUGGAUGGACCGGCCUCGAAACGCGGCCAGUUCAUCCUUUUGGGACGUUACGCCCAGGGCGUGCUACGGGUCGGAGACACCUUCACGGCUGAGCGAUGGGUAUGGAGUGAGAGGCAGGGCAGAUGGAAGCAGACCCUCAAGGUCGGUGACAACCAUGAACCGCUGGGUUUCCUCAUCGAUGGGGCGCCCAGGCCCGACAAGGUAGGCGAUAGCCUGCAAGGAUCCGCAGGUACAUGGACAGUCGUCGAAUAUUGUCAAUAGACUAUCCGUGUGCUUCUGGGCCAGAUCUGGGAACCGCAUCGCCACGGCCCUUGGACAUGGUUUCCGGGACUUGCUAGGUGCAAAAUUGCUUUCGUUCGGACUGGGUGUCAAGGACGGGUCUGGGAGAGGGAUUCAGCGACGCCACUUGGCCACCUGUUUGUUCGAGGCCUGCAACACACAAACAAAAAACGCCUACUUGGGGCCAUGACUUGGUGCGGGCUCGGUGAGAAAUACUACCCCCUUCGCCACUACACGUGAGUCGUCCUCUUCGUUACGAGUAGGUAUUUCGUCAAUUCCCUACAUCUCUAUCAUGAGGGGGGGGGGCUAU